AUGGUUGCAAAAGUGCUAGAAUUAUUCGAUGAUUUACGACCUUACGCCUUAUUAUUAGAUUACGAAAAAAUCUCGCCAGAUCCACAAUUUUUACAUGGAAUUAUCGAUUAUUACGCCAAACCAAAGGUUCUUAUGAACUUCUAUGGUAGAUAUCAUAACGAGGAAACGUUUUACAAAUCAAUUUCAAAUUUACUCGGAAAAACAAUCACUUCGAACGAUUUAGUUGAUAACUCUAUUGUUAAACUCAUAUUACCAUCACUUUUAGCUCUUACAGUUGAAGAUUCAAUCUCAUUAGGAGAAUCAGAGUUAUUAUCUUAUCCAGACGAAGACAGAAUAGCAGAUUUCGCAGUAAUUUACACUUUCAAAGCAUUGGAAUUGAUUGUCAAUGCGAUUAAAGGCCAAAACAUUGAUGAAUCAGAAUUAUUAUCUUUAAUUUCGAAUAUUCCUGUUUCUUAUCACAAACAGGUCAUCAUAGACAUACUAUCUAUACUUUUCCUGCAAGAUAGUACAGGUAAAUUCGUUUGUACGGCUUCUUUGGCCCAACAAGUUUUAACUGUUUUAGAAACUUUCGCCGAUGAAAAGGAAACAAAAGAAAUCGUAGCAAAUGGACUGAGUAAAUUGCAGAGAGGCAUUGUAAUGAACGCGCAUUCGAUUAGCGAAUGUCUGCUGAGUACUAAGGACUCUGUUUUGGUCGCAUUUUCCAAUUAUGAAUACGACAUGGCGGAAAUCUUGUCAAAAGAUGAUAAAGAAUUGAACGAAAUUUGCAAGAUGGCACAUGCUAUACAUCUCAUUAAGAAUGGUAACCAAGAGCAGAUCCCAAAGGAAUGGUUUACCUCAAAACUUUGGGAAAAUCUCGCAUUGAGUUGGAACCAAAACGAAAAAAGUGACAAAAAAUUUGAUCAAAAAAUUUUCUCUGAAAAAAUUUCUGAUGAAAAAGUAUUGAAAUUAAUUGAGAAGAGGAAAAACGAAGUUGACAUCAAGCCAGUAUUAGAACUAGCAUUGAAACACGUCAAUUCCAAUGAUACUUCUGUUGAAUUUAAUUAUAAUUACAAAUUAUUAAAAGGUUUUGUUGAUUACGUUGAUCUAUACAACAGAACAACAAAGACAGAGCUCGGCACACAAGGUGGAUCUGCAAUUGAUGGAAUUUUACAAAGUACAAAAAUAUCUGAUCUGAAAGAUUUGGAAUUAUUGCUUGGAAAGAACGCAUUGGAGUUUAUUUUAUCAUCAAAGAAGGUCUUCAAUGCUUCUGAUAACAUUAAAUCCCUAAUUGAUGGUAUUUCUCCUUUAAUUUUGAAAACAUCUCAGUUUUAUGAUGCAAAAACUCAGCAAAAACAGAGAAUUACUAAGAUACUCAAGUCAUAUUCAUCUAAAUUCUCUUCUAAUAAGGAGAUUUCUGACUGUUUGAACGAGGAUUUCGAUGAUUUAGAUGUUUUCAUGAUGACUUUUUUGGCAACUUUACAUUCAUUGAAAAAUAUUUCAGAGGAAAUAAUUUAUUUAGCUGUUGAUUUGCUUGAUGACGUAUACUAUUUCAAUAUUCCCGAAGAGUUUGUUGAGAAAAUCCUUAAUAUUUCAAUUUUGAACAAUUUAAUUCAGAUUAUUAUUGAAAUUAGGUUCAGAUAUCCUUUUAUUGUUGACAAAUGCAAAGAAACAAUCAGGAAAGAGAUGCAUCUGAUUGAUUUCAUCAAUGUUUUCCCUGAAGAAAGUAAUUCCCAAAUAGAAACAAUUCUAAAAAGUGGAAUUGAAGUUAAUGACAUGAAUUCUGCUUUAGAUCAACUGAUUGAUGAAGAAAAAGAUGAUAUAGCUCUUGAAAUAGCUACAAACAACAAUAUUUUGGAUGAUUUUGUCACAAAAAUGUCAUCAAAAAUCACUCAAAAAAUCAAAGAAAAUCAGAAAUUCAAUGUUCACUUCACAAAUGAAAAUGUUUCCAGGAAAAUCUUUAAUUCUUUGCCUGAAGAACAGAGAACAUUGACUAACCAGUUGAUCCUCACACACCACAAUGCAAAAUCUUCUUCUCUUCUCUCAAUAAUCAAUGAAUUUCCUGAUAUUGAAUGUGACAAUGAAAUAAUUCACGAAUUUAAUCAAAAAAUUUGUCAAAAAAGUGACAUUGAAAAAGUCCAAAUCAUUAAUAAAUGGUAUGAUAAGUAUUAUAAAGUUAUGAAGAACAAAUCAAUGAUUGUUGAUUAUGUUUAUGAUUUGUUCAAAGUGAUGAUUGAUUCUGUUGAAGUGAACAAUCUCGAAAAUGAAGAAAAAUUUGUAAAAAUCCUUAAAAAAAUCAACAAUUUCUUGAAUAAUUAUCAGUUAAAAGAAGAAAAGAAAAUCAGAUAUUUCUGCAAACUGAUAAAUCUUAGAUUGUUCUUGAGAUUCGGUGUCAAUUACUCCUUCAAAGGAUUUCCAGACAAAACAAACAACAUCAGAGAAAUUUUGAUGAAAUUUGAUGAAAUGAAUUUGAUAUUUGAACAUAAGGAGCUCUUCAAAGAAGAUAACAUUGCUCUUCCUCUACUCAAGCAGUCUCUAAACUGCUGCAAUUUAGGUUUCUUCGAUGAUGCAAUGAAAUUUUUGCAAAAUUGCGAAAAUCCUGAUGAAAAAAGUGAAGAUUUUAAUUCUAUUGAAGAUUUAGUUAAUGAAGGAAUUCGUACAUUAAAACAUCCGAUUCCUUUCGAAUUGAGAUAUUUAGAUAACCCUGUUAAUGUUGAAAUAACUCCUCCUUUCUACAGAAUCAACGUUGUUAUAAUGGGAAGAGGAGGAAUGUUGAUAGGACAAGAUCAAUUCAAGGCUUUGGCGAAACUUAUUGAAUCUUUCACUGGUUUGAAUCAGUGUUUGAGUUAUCAUGUUUCUCUUGGCCAAUUUAAGGAAUUAUUCGAUGUUUGGAGGAGAUUACCUGAAAUUUUGCAGUCAGAGCAUUGCGCAAUAGAAAGAAUUCUUAAACCAGCUGUUUAUUCACAACAAAUACAGCAGUUGUGGCAAUAUCUCGCGAGAAAUGAUAAAGACAGAGAUGAUUUCAAAACUUUGGAAGGAAUUUUGAAUUAUUUUAGAAUAAAUAGAAUGCUUCUAACUUUGGCUGAUGCACAGCUUAAACUUGGUUUGUUUGAAGAUGCUAUAGAGACACUUCUUGAUGCAGAGAAUGAUCAUUCAUCAUGGAAGGAAUGGCUCUCUAAAAUCGACCUUCUUCAAGCAGCAAUAAGUAGAGAAAAAAGUGUCAGAACAGGAAAACACGCAGUUUUUAAGAUUCCUUCUGUAAGAUUUUCUAAAAUUGAACAGCUUUCGAGGUUGCAAAGACAGUAUAUUGAGAUGUGCAUAAACACAAAGAUAAGGUUUAAUAAGUACCAUGAUAUAUUGACAAGCGAUUCCAGUGCUUUGCAAAUGAGUUUAGUUUGUUUGUUUAACCAAGAAUUUACAUUGGCUGUUCAAAUUGCUGACAGCCAGAACUGCUUGCAAGAUGUUGUUGAGCAAUUAGUUGGAAAAGUUGAGUACGCAGGUAUAGAUGUUAUUAAGGACAUUCUUGCGAAAAUGGCUGAUAAAAUGGAUUCGAAUAAUUAUGCUAAACUUGCAACAAUGAUUAUGACAGUUUUGACACCAAAAUUAAAGAAAACAAAUAUUCCUCAGUUCAUUGUUACACAUAUUAAAGGUGCUGAACUUCAAAUUAGUUUACUUGCAAAGUUUAAUUUCUUGCAAGAAGCAAUGCAAGUUGCGAAGAAAUACGGAAAGAAAGAAGGAUACUUAAUUAUAGAAUCAGCUGCAAGUGCAACAGGAAAUCACAAAUUAGCAUCUGAAUGCGAAAAAUUAUCAAGAAAAUAA